AUGGUGACAUUGAGGGUGGUGAUGUUCCAGCUGCUUCCUCAGGUGGUCUGCAGUACGUCUUUUCAAUGUUCUGUCAAUGAACCUCUUCAUAUCUCUCACAAAUAUUAUCAAUCAGGAGAUCUAAUAAUCGCUGGCAUUAUUUCCCAGAUCUAUAUGCUAUUCAACCCAAUGGAUUUUAAAAGGAACCCUGCUCUGGAAUUAAUUGAAGAACGUCUCCGUUUCAGUGCAAGAUGGACAUAUGUUGCCUCAAUGGAACUUCUUUCUACAUGGGGCCAAUUCAUCCCUAACUACAGAUGUGGCAUCCAGAGCAAUCCAGUAGCAGUGAUAGGGGGACCAAACUCAAAUGUCUGUCUCAACAUGGCAACCAUUCUGAGCAUCUACAAGAUUCCACAGUUCAUGUAUGGCUCGGCUCCAGUAAUAAACCAGGAAACCCAAGGAGUUUUCUUUCACCGGAUGCUCCCUGGAGGGUCCUAUCAGAGUAUGGCAAUUCUCCGGUUACUGCUGCAUUUUGGGUGGAUGUGGAUUGGGGUGAUUUCUCAGGAUGAAGACAAUGCGGAGAACUAUAUAGACAAUAUGUUUUUCACACUUUCCCAAAAUGGUAUCUGCUUUGGCUUCAUAGCGACAUUCCCCAGGUCAUCCUUUUCCAAUGACAUAUCUGAAAUGUGGACUGGGGGACUUGAAAUGUUCAAAGUUGCCAUGAAAAGUUCCGUUAAUGUUUUGGUCAUACACGGUGAAAUCCAGACCAUGAUGAUUUUGAGACUGUUGCUUAAGGUUUCAAAGUAUGAUGACAAAUUAGUCAACACAAAGAUAUGGGUUAUGACAGCGCAGAUGGAUUUCACAUCAUUUGCCUUUCAAGGAAGUUGGGAUAUUCACUUCAUUCAUGGUGCGCUAUCCUUGGCAAUUCACUCGAAGGACCCAUUAGGAUUCCAAAAAUUUCUUCAGCUCAGAAACCCAGUUUCCACAAAAGAAGAUGCUUUCAUCCAGGGUUUCUGGGAACAGGCAUUUAAUUGCUUCUUUGAUGAACCCACCAGAGAUGAGUUUGGUAAAAUCUGCACUGGACAGGAAAAGCUAGAGACUCUUUCUGGAUCCAUAUUUGAAAAGAGCAUGACUGGCCACAGUUACAGCAUCUACAAUGCCAUUUAUACUGUGGCACAUGCAUUACAAGCCAUGCAGUCUUCCAAAUUCCAAAAUGGAGCAACAGAGCAUAGAGGAAGACCAACAUUUCUGAAUCAGGAACUGUGGCAGCUCCACCACUUUCUAAGAAAUAUCACAUUUAACAAUGGCGCUGCAGAAGAAGUUUCUUUUGAUCAAAAUGGAGACAUAACAGCUGGAUUUGAUAUCAUAAACUGGAUCACAUUCCCAAACCAGUCCUUUCUUAGGGUAAAAAUUGGAAGGAUAGACCCGAAGGUUCCUCCAGAUAAAAUGUUCACCAUCUAUGAAGAUGCCAUUGCUUGGCCCAGCUGGUUUAACCAGACACAACCACUUUCUCUAUGCAAUGCCAAUUGGCAUUCAGGUUAUAGAAGAACAAGGAAGGAAGGAAAGCCAUUUUGUUGCUAUGAUUGCCUCCCAUGCCCACCAGGGAAGAUAUCACACCAAGAAGACAUGAAUGAGUGUAUUCAAUGCCCAGAAGGUCAGUAUACAAAUGAAGACCAGAAUUCAUGCCUUCCAAAACAUGUAAGCUUCUUGUCCUAUGAAGAGCCUUUGGGGGCCAGUUUGGCUAUUUGUGCUCUUUCUCUUUCUUUUGUCACAGUUUGGGUACUUGGAACGUUCAUUAAGCACAAGGACACUCCCAUAGUCAAAGCCAACAAUGAAAAUCUCACCUUCAUUCUUCUUCUCUCCCUCCUGUUCUCCUUUCUUUGUGUGUUCCUUUUCAUUGGGCAACCUCAUAAAGUGACAUGUCUCUUGCGUCAAAUAGCUUUUGGCAUCAUCUUUUCGGUGGCUGUUUCUUCCGUGCUGGCCAAAACCAUCAUUGUGGUUCUAGCAUUCAUGGCCACAAAGCCGGGAUCCAGAAUGAGAAAAUGGGUGGGGAAAAGGCUGGCCAGCUCCAUCAUGAUUGCCUGCGUCCUCAUUCAAGCCACGAUUUGUAUUGUGUGGUUAGCAACCUCUCCUCCAUUCCCAGAUUUUGAUAUGCACUUGCUGACCAAAGAAAUCAUAUUGGAAUGCAAUGAAGGCUCUCUCACAAUGUUGUACUGCAUCUUGAGCUUUCUAGGCUUCCUGGCCAUGCUUAGCUUCCUUGUGGCUUUCUUAGCCAGGAGGUUACCCGGCAGCUUCAAUGAAGCCAAGUUCAUCACCUUCAGCAUGCUGGUCUUUUGCAGUGUUUGGGCGUCCUUUAUUCCAACCUAUUUCAGCACAAGAGGAAAGUACCUGGUGGCUGUGGAAAUAUUUUCUAUCUUGGCUUCCAGUGCUGGGAUUCUGUGUUGCAUCUUUUCUCCCAAAUGCUACAUUAUUGUGCUCAGGCCUGAUCUGAACAAAAGAGAGCAGCUAAUAAAGAGGAAAAAAUAA